AUUAACCAGAACAAGCAGGCUUCAGAGAGUUUCUCAACUGAAGAAUGGAGAAGAUAGAGGAAGCAGUGAAAGAUGAAAGAGAAUUUGUUUUGGCGAUUGCUCGUAGGAUCACGCCUGCUGAUUCCCCUGUGGCAUUCAAUUCUCAGAUUCAGCAGCAGCAGCCAUUUCCAACCCCUUCACCGUUCUCUUUCUCGGUGGCUUCUACAGGGUGGAGCUCCAGAUCUUCCAUACAUCAUCACUCGACUCUCCUCCUUCGGUUCUCGGUGCUUCUCUUCUCCUUUAUCUCGGCUCUCAUACUCGCUGCCCCUUCUACAAAGAAGAAACACCAACCAUCUCCUAGCUUCACUGACUACCCUGAAUUAAUAUACUGCUUCAUCGUAGCCAUAGCUUUCCUAUACACGGCUUUACAACUGUUUAAAGGCGUUUGUGACAUUGCUCACAGAGGCAUUCUGAUCUCAGAUAUGGCCUUGGACUACGUAAGCUUCUUCCUCGACCAGUUUGGUGGUUAUCUUCUCGUGUCAUCGGCUUCAGUGGCGGUGCCGAUCAUUGGACUGGUUGAGCGAGGCACACCACUUCGGAAGGGAGCCGUUGUAUCGACCAGCAUGGCCUUCGCAACAUUUAUAGUUAUGGCAGUCUGUGCUAUCUUAUCUGGCUAUAAGCUUUGCAAGAGAAUUGGCUGGUGAUUUUGCUCUAUGGUUGCUUCAUUCUACGACUACUAAUAAAUGUUCUGCUGUUUUAAAUGAAAAAAUAAAACUGCUUCAAUCUUUCAGAUAA